AUGUUAACACUUCCAUUUGAUGAAUCUGUUGUGAUGACGGAGUCGCAGCUUUGUAGAAAGUAUGUGCGGGAAAACGAGGAGCAAAAACCUGCAAAGAAAGUAGAAAGCUGUACUCAACAGAUAGUGUCCCAUGGGAAAAAUAUCAAAAGAACACCUGAAGAGGAAACAGAACAAGAAGAAGAGGAGGAGGAGAAGGAAGAAGAUGAUGAAAAUGGUUUGCCAAGGAGGAGGGGGCCAAGGAAAAAAAAGAUGACCAAGAUCCGGUUUGAAAGGAUUAAAUUACGACGAAUGGAAGCCAAUGCAAGAGAAAGGGGGAGAAUGCAUGGCUUAAAUGAUGCCCUGGACAGUUUAAGGAAAGUUGUGCCCUGCUAUUCUAAGACACAAAAACUGUCUAAAAUAGAAACUUUGAGGCUGGCCAAAAACUAUAUCUGGGCUCUCGCAGAGAUCCUGCGUAUUGGGAAGAGACCAGAUUUGCUCACCUUUGUACAAAACCUAUGCAAAGGUUUGUCUCAGCCAACCACAAACUUGGUGGCUGGGUGCCUGCAGCUCAAUGCCAGGAGUUUUCUCAUGGGUCAGAGUGGCGAGGCAGUCCAUCAUGCAAGAUCCCCAUAUACUUCUAUAUACCCUCCAUAUCACAGCCCUGAGCUUAGCACCCCACCAGGUCAUGGGAGCCUUGACAAUUCCAAGCCAGGAAAGCCGUAUAAUUACUGUAGUACUUAUGAAUCUUUUUAUGAAAGCACGUCUCCUGAGUGCACAAGCCCUCAGUUUGAAGGUCCCUUAAGCCCUCCCUCCAUGAACUAUAAUGGGAUAUUUUCCCUCAAGCAAGAAGAGGCUUUGGACUAUGGAAAAAAUUACAAUUAUGGCAUGCAUUACUGUGCAGUGCCAGGCAGGGCUCCCCUCGGGCAGAGCUCUAUGUUCAGGUUGCCUACAGACAGCCACUUCCCUUAUGACUUCCAUCUGCGCAGCCAGUCUCUCGCCAUGCAAGAUGAAUUAAAUGCAGUUUUUCAUAAUUAA